UGAUUGACUGUAGGGGGCAGCAGGUCGCUCUUAUUGUGUAGUUCACCGGAAAUAGACAACAGGAAGCAGCAGAAGAAGAAGAAGAGGCUCUCCACCGCUAGCUAGCUAGCUACUGCUGGGAAGUAGCGACACAAAUAUUCAGGAUCUUAUCAUAAUGAGUUAUACAGAGAAGCCAGAGGACAUAACGAGGGAAGAGUGGAUGGAUAAACUCAACAACGUCCAUAUCCAGAGAGCUGACAUGAACAGGCUCAUUAUGAACUACCUGGUGACAGAGGGCUUCAAGGAGGCAGCGGAGAAGUUCAGGAUGGAGUCAGGAAUAGAGCCCAGUGUCGACUUGGAUUCCCUCGAUGAAAGAAUUAAGAUCAGAGAGAUGAUCCUGAAGGGACAGAUCCAAGACGCCAUCGCACUGAUCAACAGUCUGCACCCAGAACUGCUGGAUACUAACCGUUACCUCUACUUCCACCUACAGCAGCAGCAUCUGAUUGAGCUGAUUCGUUUGAGGGAGACUGAAGCCGCCCUUGAAUUUGCCCAGUCUCAGUUAGCAGAGCAGGGGGAGGAGAGCCGAGAAUGUCUCACCGAGAUGGAGAGGACGCUGGCCCUGCUGGCUUUCGACAACCCUGAGGAGUCACCUUUUGGAGAUCUGCUUAAUAUGAUGCAGAGACAAAAGGUCUGGAGUGAAGUGAAUCAGUGUGUGCUAGACUAUGAAAACAGAGAGUCAACACCCAAGCUGGCCAAGCUCCUGAAGCUACUGCUGUGGGCUCAAAAUGAACUUGACCAAAAGAAAGUGAAGUAUCCCAAAAUGACAGACCUCAGCAAGGGAACCAUCGAAGACCCAAAAUAAGGAUCCACAGUGAAAUCAUACCACAUCAUUACAAAAUGGACACAUUUCCUUUAUCUAUUUAUACCCCAACAAACUGACUCAUAUAGAGUACAACCUUUUCUUUUUGUAAGGGUUGCUUUUUGAUACUUUAAUAACUUAGAAUGUGUAAACUGGAUUGAUGGCAUUUUAAAAUGACUUCUCACACUAAAGUAACAUGCAGACCAUUAUUUUACUUGGUAUUAUAAUUUACAUAUUUGUUUAUGUAAAAUUAGUAUAUUUCAGUUACACUAGUUUUUCUGUCUGUUGGCAGGGAAAGUUGUUGGCAUUGGAGGGUGUGAAUAAAGCCUAAAUUAGGCUGUCACUUUCUGUGUGUGACCAGGUUUGAUGUUCAGGGAUAAUGGUUGGCUCGGUGUGCACUGCCUCAAAUAAACACAAACUCUUUCCUCACAUCCAAACAUAGACAUUUCAGCUAGUAGUUUUUAGCUAGUACUCUAUGUGAUGGCAAUAGCCAAAGCAAGAUACUUGGGAUCUUUCAAACUACUGUGACUUUGGAAGUUAAAUUCAGCUUAAGAUUUGUACUGCGUUAUUGCUUGAGACAUUAUAAAAAAAGAUGCAAACAUACACACAAACAAAGAAAAGAGAAACUUUCAAGCUAUACAUCACGGUAGUAAUUAACAAGUGAAACAAGGCAAGAUUCCUAGAAUGCUAAAAACUUUGCAGCGUACUGUGACUGUGCAAGCUUAAAAGGCAGCCUCAGUUUCAUACCAUUAUACAAUAUCACAGAUGAUAUUAAAAGAUGUGAAUGGAUAAAUCUAUGUCCACAGACACUUUUACAGAUGGAUUAUUUACAUGUAUGGAAUAAGUAGCUCUUUUGCAAAAUUUGAUGUGCUUUUUUUUGCUGGGAUGUUAUUUUGCAAUAAAAGUUAAUUUUUGAACUGCGCAAGUCAUAAAGGAC